GAAUCAAGACACUAAAGCCAGGUCAAAUCCAAUACGUAAACUCAAACCGAUGAAGGAUGAAAACGGAGUAGUGUGUGUGGGCGGCCGCCUCAACAAUGCCAUGCUUUCAUACAGGGCGAAGCACCAGAUGAUCCUUCCCAAGAGACUCCACGUGGUAGAACUAAUCAUCAGUCAUUAUCACAAGAUCACGGGACACUCAGGGAUUGAGCGAGUUCUUACUGAGAUUCGACAAAGGUUCUGGAUCGUCAAGGGGCGGGCUGCAGUCAGAAGGGUAAAUCUGAGGUGCACACAUUGCCGGAAGUGCAAUGCAAAGCCAAUGAAGCAGCAAAUGGCAGAUCUACCGUCAGAUAGGGUGAACCCACCAAAGGCGCCAUUUACAUAUGUGGGACUGGAUUACUUCGGACCAUUCCAAGUGAAGAUGGGAAGAGGAAGGAAGAGAGCCAAAAGAUAUGGCUGCAUCUUUACAUGUCUGACAUCUAGAGCUAUUCAUUUAGAAGUCGCGGGAUCCCUAGACACGGAUGCGUUCAUCAACGCACUGCAGCGCUUCAUUAGCAGAAGAGGCCGACCUGAAAGGAUUCGGUCGGACAAUGGUACGAACUUUGUCGGGGGCCGAAAAGAGUUGAAGCAAGGCUUGGCAGAGUGGAACCUGCAGCAUAUUGAGAGCUACAUGCAGCAGCAAGACAUUGAUUGGACAUUUAACCCCCCAGCGGCAUCCCACAUGGGAGGAAGUUGGGAAAGGAUGAUACGGUCAGUAAGGAAGGUGAUGUCAGGGAUAUUGAAGGAGCAGGUACCUUCCGAGGACGGACUCACAACGCUGAUGUGUGAAGUUGAGGCCAUUAUAAAUGGACGCCCCAUCACCAGACUGUCUGAUGAUCCAGAAGACCUGGAACCAUUGACCCCGAAUCAUCUGUUGCUUCUGCGCAGAGGACCAACAUUACCACCAGGGCUCUUCGUGAAGGACGACCUUUACAGCAAACGACGAUGGCGGCACGUACAAUACCUUGCCAAUCUCUUUUGGAAAAGAUGGACCAAGGAGUACCUUCCAUCGUUACAAGAACGCCAGAAAUGGCUGCAAGACGAAAGAAAUGUCAAGAUAGAUGACAUAGUCCUCAUUGUUGACAACAACAUGCCUAGAAAUGCCUGGUCACUAGGUCGCGUGAUUGAGGUAUAUCCAGGAAAUGAUAACCGUGUCAGAGCAGUCAAGGUUAGAACCCAACAUACACAACUGGUUAGACCUGUCAACAAACUGUGUUUGAUUGAACCUGUAGAGGACACUGAUGAAGUUGUAAAUCGGAUCAAGUAGUCAUGUCACCCUGCCGCGCUUCUGCAAUGAUGCAAAUGACUGGUCACAUGCAUGUUGUAAGGCUGAUUGAUACCUAUUAUGCACAUGUCAAUUAGGCCUAUGGUUUAUACAGUAUGCAGAUUUCAAUUUAGGCUUAGGUUUAGAUCAUACAUUAAUUAGGUGAUUGAUUUUGUUCUAUGAAUGUUUAUUAUAGGUAAAUGCUGAGUCUGGAACGCAUUUAUGGGGCCGGAAUGUAACGCCCAAAAUCAUCAUAUAGGUUUUGGUAGUUUUGUAUUUGCAUUUUAUUUGAUGUCUAGGUAUUCAUAGAUCACACUUUAAUAAUUUACUUUCUCAGUCAUGUAGGUCUGUAUGAUGUCUCAUGUACUUUAUGCUUGUUUAAAGUUAGUUAGGUGUGGGUGCCUGUCACCGUUAAUUAGUAUACAACUCAGAACUUUCUAGGAAUUGAGGUCCGGCAUCCUCCGAGGACUGUCCAUAGUUUAUGUGACACUUCUUUGCUAUCUUCGGUAGUCUUUGAUGUAACUCUUUCCCAGCAUCUCAAGAAUUUACAACUUCCUGCAGCUUGCAGUUAGUUUCCUCUCUGAAGAGUGAUAUGUCCUGGUACGCCUUUCAUAAAUCGGUUUGACCAUGGGUCACUUUCAGGAUGUUAGAACUUUGUUACUUUAGAAGAUUCAGUGAGACCUAGGUUGUGAAGGUGGCAAGACGUGCCUCUUCUUUUGCUUUGGACAAACGGUCCAAAUAGGCAAGGUGGCAAAGUGCCCCUUCUGUUUCUUUCUGGACAAAUGGUCCAGCCUGUGAAGGCCUAAAGUAGGCUAGGUGGCAAAUGUGCCCCAUAGUCUUUCGUUCUGGACGGAUGGUCCAGCAGUUUAUUUUGAUUUGAUAGAGCCAGCCUUAUUGAACCACUUCAUGAACACUUCAUGAACACUUCAUGAACACUUCAUGAACACUUCAUGAAUACUACACUUCACGUCGUUACGUUUCAAGCAACUUCAUUGUCACUUCGUUCCUGUAUGAAUACUUCACGUUGUUUCGAUCACUUAAGUGUGAACUGUAUGCAAUAUGCAAGUUUGUGGAGUAAUUAAAAGUGUGUAUCAAUACUGGACCUAUACAUUUAUUUCGUUUAUUCUCGUUGUGAGAAUGGAAAGGCCUCACUCACCCCAUGUGGACUAAAGGAGAGUCCACA